AUGAUCAGAUUUAUUUCUGUCCAAACAAAACCCUAUCAAGGUUAAAAUAAUUUAGACAUUCUCGUUGACAAUUAAAUUUGCUAAUAGUAUUUUAAUGGUGGCCAAAACUUGAUUAUUGAAGCUGAAUUCGGAAACACAUUAAUUUAAGAAAUUAACCUUCGUACAUUAUUAUAACUUAAAUUAAGAUCUCCAUCCAGAACCUGAAAAGGAUAUCCUAUAUAAAUGUUACAAUUUAAAUGAAUUAGAUCAAGAGUAUAAAAGAAUUAGUGGAAAAUUGAUAAAAAUAAGAAAUGAAGAAAAUUAUAUUAUUUAUGCAGCAUAAAUUAAAUCAGAAGUGGUAAUUAUUAUUCAUGUAUUAUUCAAGCCAUACACUAGAUUGACAAUAACUAUAUAAACAGAAAAAUCAGACUCUUUUAAAAUAUAUUAUUUUGGAGUUAGAGGUAAAAAUAUAGAAGAGGAAUCAAUGUAAUAAGAAUCAAUUGAAAAGAAAAACAUUAAGGUGAUUUUAAGGACAGGAAGAAAAACUGAAAAUUUCAAUAAUAAAAUUGUAGAUAAUGAUAAAAUGACACCCUCCGAAUUCUUUAAUCGUGUUAAAAAUGGUAUACCUAUUAGUAAUAGAGAAUAAUAGUCUAAUUAUAAUGAUAAAAUGAAAAUUGAAUAAUCUUAAAUAAAUGAUUAAAAUGUUAAGUAUACUGACAAAAUAUUAGAAGAAUCUAAAGUCAAAGACGAUCCUGAUAGUAAAAAAUACAUUACUCUAUAUGAUGAUGAUGAAAAUUCUGUUUAAUUCAUAGAUUAAAAAGUAAAAUAAUAAUAACAAUAAUAAUAAUAAUAAUAAUAAUAAUAAUUCAAUAAAAAUCAUUUCUAUUCUUAAAAAUGCUGUUUCUCAGAUACUAAACCAAAUUCAAUUAAUAAAAUACAUACUAAAUAACUUAAUAUUACUAAAUUCACUACAUUAUAAAAAUAAACUGCCAAUCAAGACACUAAAAUAGAAUAUAAUAUUUUUCAUAAUAUGAUUAAAUACACAGCCUAAGAAAUUGAUUAAGAGUUUCUUCAAUUUCAUAAAACAAGUAAUUAUUUUUUAUAUAUUUUAUUAGUUGAAGAAAGCAAAACUGUACCCGCAAAAUAUAGAUUAAUACAUAGACUAAAUACAUAAUAAUACUGA